AUGGACGCAAAGACUAGAGAGAAAAGAGAGAAGCUGGAAAAGGUUGCAAAGCAGAGGUUUUUCUACACCCAAAGCUUUGAGUCGUACGGAGGUGUUUCAGGGUUUUUUGACUACGGCCCCAACAUGUGUGCCCUGCAAAACAACUUUCUUUCCAUUUGGAGGAAGCACUUUGUUCUGAAGGAGAGCAUGCUUGAGGUGGACACUGCAAUCAUCACGCCUUUUGACGUUCUGAAGAGCAGUGGGCAUGUGGACAAGUUCACAGACCUCAUGUGCUCAGACGCAGUGACAGGCGACGUGUACAGGGCAGACCACUUGGUGAAGGACUAUCUGCUAAGAGAGGCCGAGGCUCGCGCAGGAAAGGAGAAGGAGCAGCUUCUGGCGCAGGCGGAGAUGAUAGACUCGUUCAGCCAGGAAGAGCUGCAGGCCAUUGUUGACGCACAUGCCAUAAAAAGCGAGAACAAAAACAGCCUCACGCGGAUAGCGCCGUUCAACCUGAUGUUCAACACGAUUGUUGGGCCUGGCGGGAAGACGCAGAGCUUUUUGCGCCCCGAGACAGCGCAGGGCCAGUUUUUAAACUUCAAGCGGCUUCUCGAGAACAACGGAGACAAGAUGCCGUUUGCAAGUGCAUCGGUAGGAAAGGCCUUCCGCAACGAGAUCAGCCCGCGAACCGGCCUGUUCCGGGUGCGGGAGUUUUUGAUGGCAGAAAUCGAGCACUACGUGCACCCGAAAGAAAAAAGCCACCCCGGCUUUGAGAAGUGCAGCGACAUUUUGAUUCCUCUCCUGUUCAGACAGAAGGAUGCAGAAAGCGAGGCACAGACGAUCGCACACCUUUCCAUAGGAGACGCGGUGCGGGGCGGAAUUGUGGACAACGAGACGCUGGGGUACUUUAUUGCCCGCGUGUACCUGUUCCUCGUCCGCAUAGGAAUACCAAAGGAGGCGAUCCGCAUCAGGCAGCAUUUGCCUACGGAGAUGGCCCACUACGCAACAGACUGCUGGGACGCGGAAAUAGCCACCGCGUUUGGGUGGAUCGAGUGUGUGGGGAUAGCAGACAGGGCGUGCUACGACCUGUCCGUGCACAGCAAGAAAACCGGAGACAAGCUGGUUGCGAGAAGGCGGCUGGCAAGCCCCGUCACAGAGAAAAAAACCGCACCCGUGAUAAACAAGAAGGAAAUAGGGGCAAAGUUCCGGCAGAAGGCGCAGCAGGUGAUAGAGGCGCUGGAGAGCCUGACAGAGGAAGAAAUUGCGCAGCGCCGAGUCUCGGACACUGAGAUAGAAAUGGACAUGUUUGGGGAAAAGAUAAAGGCGCAGAUAGAGAGCCUGGAGAUUGUGCGGCACGUCGAAGAGUACACGCCCAGCGUGAUCGAGCCGUCGUUUGGAAUCGGCAGAAUACUGUAUGCGCUUCUGUGGCACUCCUUUAUGGUCAGAGAGGACGACGAGCAGAGAACCCUCUUUUCAUUUAUGCCGGGCAUGGCCCCCAUCAAAUGCAUGGUUCUGCCCCUGCAGCAGGACGACCGGUUUGUGCCGGUUCUUUCAGCGCUGAAAGAGAGCAUAAUUGACGCGGGCGUCAGCUGCAACUUGGACGAAAGCAAAGCGUCGAUCGGGCGCCGAUACUCAAGAGCCGAUGAAAUAGGCGUGCCCUUCUGCAUAACUGUGGACUUUGACACGCUGGAAGACUUCAUGGUGACCCUGCGAGAAAGAGAUAGCACUCGGCAGGUUCGGGUGCUUGUUGUGGAAGUUCCUUCUAUAAUAAGCAGCCUGGUGAGCGAGGAGAAGACGUUCUCGGAAGUAGAGGCCGGUCAUCUAGGAAAAGAAUAA